AUGAGACUCAUUGCGAAGAAUCUAACAGCACAGAACACGAGUAUGCCCAUCUACCAGGGGACUUCUACUUACUACCUCCACCACGGACCUCGAUCAGCAUCAACACCAACACCAACACCUUCACCAUCUCCAAUCCACGUUUCGCGAAAGUCUACCCCAACGUGCCUCAAUUCCUACCGCUAUUGCUACCGCUACAGCUACAGCAGCUCCCAGCCUGCAACCCCCAGCACGACGAUGGACUACUACGCCGACAUCAAAUCUGAGCUGCCCGAAGGAGACAUCGGCGAGAUUCUGCGCACGGGACGUCGUCAAGACUCUCGCGCGCGUUCAUCCCACCAAAGUCUUGCCUCACGUGUCGGCCACCUGACCCGUACCGGGCGGAUCACCAAGGUCCGAAAGGGGGCUCCCCGAGCACCCCUGGGGCCGGGACGCCUGCCCGUCAUGAGCGCGGCGCCGCGGGCCGAGCGGAGGUUCGACACGGAGCGCUUCGGCAUGCGUGCCUUUGAUGACUUCGAGAGUGGGCUCCGGCGCCUCGAGACCGAUCGGUCGAGCAUGGUGGUGGCGGUCCACGGCGCGUGCAGGAGCAACGGGAGGGCGGGUGCGAAGGCCGGCUAUGGGGUUUUCGUAUCCGGGCUGGCCGAGGACCUGAAUCGCAGUGGCUUGGUGCCGUAUCUCAGCCCUCAGACGAAUCAGUACGCCGAGCUGUUUGCCGCCAUGAGGGCGUUGGAUGUGGUUCACGACCUGAUCAUCGCCGGGGAAGACCUGACCCACGUGGUCAUCAAGUCGAACUUGGAAUACCUCGUCCACGGGCUCAGUGUGUCGAUCUGGAAGUGGGUCGGCAAUGGCUUCAUGAACUGUCAAGGGGUACCGAUGGUCAACGGGAGGGCCUUCAAAUACCUGCACGAGAAGAUCGUCUUGCUGGAGCAGGAGUAUGGGACCCGAGUCUCCUUCUGCCGCGUGGACCGCGAAUUCAACGAACAGGCUACGGCGCUCGCACAUGAUGCCGUGCGGUCAGAUCAGAUCAGAUAA